AUGUUAAUAUCAGACGGUAUAAAUCAUGGUAAAUUACAAUCAAUUAUAGUUGGAGAGUUAAAGAAAGCAGGAUUAAAGCAUCGUUUCAAGAAAAUAAUAUUAAAAAAUGUCAAAGAUCAUAAAACAGUGUUUGGUGCUCCUCUGGUAAAAGUUCCAUCAUGCAGUGUAAUUUGUUGCGGUAGUACUUUAAGCAUACCUAAUGUAGUAAGUGAAAUGUCUUCAGUUCUUAGAGCUAAUGCUCACGUUGAAGGACUGUUCCGUAAGGCUGGAUCUCAAACUCGUCAAAAGGAUAUAAAGAGACUUCUCGAUGCUGGGGGUUGCGUGUCAGAAGGUCAUCAUCCCAUUGAUGUUGCAAGUGUUUUGAAACUUUAUCUUAGAUGUCUACCGGAACCCUUAAUUAGUGCUGAAGUUCAGGACUUACUGCUAAGAUGUAGACUCACGGCUGGUGAUGAUGGAUUAAAGCCAAUAUUAAAUACAUUACUGUUGCUUCCAGUGUUGCAUGUUCAUCUCUUGCACUACAUUAUGGAGUUGCUGAAUUUUAUAGCUUUGCGACAUAAAGACAAUCUUAUGGAUGCCUCAAAUUUGGCAAUAGUACUGGCUCCUAGUAUAAUGCCAUUACCAGCUACCUCUUCAACACAACGCCUGGAACAUCAUGUUGCUUUAGUCAAGAUAUUUAUUGAAAAUGCACAGUAUAUUGGACUAUUAUCAGAUGAUAUUAUGACCAAACUGGAUGAUGACUCGGAUGUUGGUCAGUCAAGGCGAAAAAAGAGAAGAAGUGGAUCUCUUAAUAGAAUGCUUAGCGGUUUGCGUAAGAUGGUAUCGGGGAAUGUAACUACACCUGCACCAGUAAGGGAAAACUCUAAAACACCUGUACUCAGUAAAUCAGCUGCAAAAAGAAAGUUUGAUUCUUAUGAGGGUCUGUCUGUUAAAAGAAAGAAAGAUAUAACAAACAAGCUACCCCAGAAAGAAUUAUCAUUUACGCCAAUCAAAAUGGGUGUGACUGAGAGGAAAAGACUGCGACUCAGCAUGAUGGAUGCAAGAAGCACUCCUGUUAUUAAUGCAGAAUUUAAAUCACGUAAGAAUUCCGAAACAAGCAUAAGCAGUGAAGAUAUGUUGACGUCCUCAGAGAAUUUAUUCAGUGCUCAUGAUACCAUAGAUCUAUCACCUGAUAUGAAAAUAAUAGAUAAAGAUUAUGUGAGAAUAUCUAAACAAGAAUACGAAGAAAUCAAGAGCAGAGUGUCUGCAAUUGAAAAUAGAUUGUCAAGAGAAUUUACAGAUGUCAUACCUAGAGUGCAACCUUUACAACAAGUUCAAAAUGUUUAUGAACAAACUUUAGAAGAGGUGGCGAUGCUGAAUUGUCCAAACUCGGAACACUUGGCUCGUCGUCUCAGUAAAGAACUGAAGAUUAGACCAAAGGAGGAGGCCAAAAUUAUACGGUCGCCUAGCGCUAGAAAAAUCGGUUCAAUACGACGCCGAUCCAAAGAAAACUUAACUAAAAUUGUUAGGCACAAAUCUUGGAAUGCCUCCUCGCAUUCACAAGCUAGUCAGUUCGGAGACAGGUUUUAUCCUUACGUUGGUAUUGCAUGCAGGGAACGAUCGAAUGCAGUAAAAACAAAUCAAAUACUUCCAAAGACUAAUAGUUCAUCCGAAUGGAAUGUUUCAAUGAAUGAAAAUUCCAUUAACGUUACUGAUGCUAGUCAAAAAUAUCAUCAACGCAAACGUAUCAGUCUCAUUCCCGAUUUUGGUUUGAAUAAAACUAUUUCAAAGACCCAAGCGCGCCGGUCUCUUAACAUAACUAUGAAUUCUACCUAUGAUGGAACAUGUUCGGAUAAUUCCACCAAUAAUUCUUUGAACUCCAAUGAAAAGUCAGGAAAUUCUUCACAGUUCCAGUGUUACCAAAACAUCAAUGUUAAAAGAACGAAACCGGAUUGCAAAGAAAAUUUAACAAACUCGCACCAAAAGUGGAGAAAUGCAGCGGCAUUUUUUAUGAACAAAACCGGAGAAUUAGAUUCCAGCGGUCCGAGCGGUCGUCCUUCGGUGAAUAAACUACGCCGUCAGAACGCAGGAGCUGUUAUGGCUAAAGCUAAACUUUUUGAAUCAUCUAGUUCCGAUAAAUCAUCCGAUUUGGCAGACAAGGCAGUACAUACAGGCUUUGCAAGAAAGCCAAGAGUGAACCAACAGACUAAGACACAAAAACCUUGGGCGCAAACUAAAUCAAGACUUCAGGCUUAUGACCAAGCAGGAUCAUAUAAUUGUAACUCAAACAUCAAAACCUACCGUUCGCCGCUUACUCAAAAAGAAGACAUGGUUAAUUUGCGCACAAAUAGAAAAACUACACCAACUAAGAAAGUGGUAUCUCCACAAUCCAAUAUGUUAAUAAAGACGCCUCAACCUCCUGCCUUGAAAAAGCCUUUGUGUACUCCUAGAAGCUUGAAAACGCCAGUUUCUCAUGAUACGAGGAAAGUUAACACACCUAUGAGAGCAGUUCAUAUUUCACCAAGGAGAUCUCCUCGCCAGAAGUUACAUCGUCAAUGA